AUAUCAACAACACUCGCCACUUGCCAUAUAAAUGGGAUGUAUGUGAAGGGCAUCUCUGGCCUGUGGUGGACGCAUAUAGUACUAAAAACUUUCGUACACUCUCAGCACUUUUAAAGAGACACAUCCGAAUCUUGCUUUACAGUGGAGAUCAAGAUAUAAAAGUUCCUACCAUGGAGACUCGGAAAUUUGCAAACAUGCUCGCUAAAGCAUUGAAGCUCGUCCAUACGCAGAAGAAUAGACCAUGGUACAAUGGCCCUCAGGUUGGAGGAUGGAGUGAAGCAUUUGGAAGAUUCAGAGAUGGGAAAAAUGUCACAUACUUGACACUUGCUUCGGUGAAGGGUGGAUCUCAUUUUGCUUCAUCUACAUCUCCAUCUAAAGUUUUCACACUUUUCCAAUCUUUUCUUAAGUCAUCUCCUCUAAAAGUAGCCAACUAAGUGUUCAUCACUUUAUUAUACAUACUCCAUAUUCGCCUGUUUGUACAAAUUUACAUACUACAGUAUAUUAUAUUGUUGUGUAGUUUUAAUAUCUAGGGAUGUUGCAUGUAGUAUACUUAUUAUUAUACCUCCUCUUUAGUUAUUGAGAAAAUAUGUAACGUAGUUUUAAAUCCACUCAAUAAAAUUUAAUUGAACCU